AUGGCGUGGACGCGCCCCUUUCCAACAGUCUGGGAUGAUGCAGGUCGGGAGGUGCUCAACGAGGCUCCGCCCUUUCUGGCUCUCGCUGACUCCACCUUUCAAGGCCUCUUGCGGCAGGGUCAGAAAUGGGCCUCCUACGGCUACCCCUCGCUAGGGAUGGGCUAUUCGGUGGUGUGCCCAGGAGCUUCCCUUGUCCGCUCCUAUCCUGGACGUCCCUCCAUCCUAGGGGCCCUCGCUCUGGCGGCGGGGGAUUCCCUCCAGCCUCGCGACUCCCUGCCGGCUCCGAUCUUGGCCAAUGAGGGCUUCUUGAAUUUCCUCCGAGACAAGCUUGAUGAGCCCGUCAAGGUUGGCUUGGUCCCCUGCGGGCGCAGUGUGCCACCCUCCAAGCAGUCUGCUUACGACUAUGUGGAAAGGGCACGGCACGACUUCAACCUUAAGGACCAUGAGUUCCCCUGGCAGAUCAUGGACCUCCACCAGCCCCCGGACCUGGACCUUUAUGGCAAGGACCUCACGCAUUUUCAGCAGUCCGCUGAGCUGCCUGCCAUUGGGCGCAUUAUCGGCCGGGCUCUCUACUGCAUGACAGUACCGAGACCACAGCGAGCUGAAGGAGGCAACGCCCCUGACACUCCGCACGGCAACGCCCCCCAAACUCCAGCUACCUCUCCAUUUGCGGGUGGCCUGGGACACGGGGAUGAGCAGCAGACGCCACACACCCCUCCACCUUUUCUGCCUGUUUUCCUGUGUUGCUCCUGGAACGCGACCCAGGGCAUGAUACAUCAGGAGAUGUUAGCCACCCACGCGCUCAUUCGAGCUUCCACCCUGAGGGAGUUGCUGAUCGUGGCUGCCAGCCAAGCCCACUUUCCCAUUGAAAAGACGUACCACCUCACGGUGCCGGCUGGACAAACUCCUUAUGGGCAGUUUCCAAUUCCGCAGCGCCUCGUCCAAACCUUCAUCCAUGAUGAUAUGGUUGGCCCCAAAGAAAUGGCGGAGGCAAAAUUCCGGACCUUUCGUCGCGAGUUCUUCAACGAUGAGGCCUGCGCGGAAGUAUACGUUGAGCACUGGCUUAGCGGCGGCAUCUACCUGGACAUCAAGACGGCUUUCCUGAUCACGCCGCAGGAGCUCCACUCCUCCAUUGUGGCAGAGUGGAGGCAACAGCCACUCCUCUCCGACCUUGCCUCCCAGGCCUAUGGCUGGGAUGCCGACGCCUUGCGAGCUAGCGGCCCUCCUGAUUAUUUUCUCACGGCCAUCGGCCAGAAAAAGGAUCACAUUUUCCAGGGCAUCCUCCUGGGACGACGGCAGCACCCCCUUAUGACGGCUGCAUUACGCCAUGCUUUCCAGCACAAGUAUGUGGAUGCGCAGGGAGCAAUCAAUGAGAAAUAUCUCUUUUUCUGCAUCGCCCUCUAUGAGAUCGUACGUCAGGACCUGCUCAAUGACCAGGUUCUCCACCCGACAGUGCAAGGCCGCAGCUUGGCCCCUGGCUGGCAUCUCACUCAGACCCUGCGCCCGAUCUAUCUGCUGCAGGAGGUCCAUGAAAAUGAGUUGCGGAGAAUGCAGGGUGUGCCUCCCAAUGAGGGACAUGGGUUCCGAACAGCCACCGGGCAGCUUAUUGCUCUUACUAGGUGCUGGGGUUGGAACAAGGGCUGGAAGGCCGAUCCGGCUUCCACCAAAGCCAACAAUGAUGCCAUCCUCCGUGGACUCCCUACUGCACUCCACGCUGCGCAGGAGGGUGGCAACGCCACGGCCCAGCGAGGCAACGCCUCCUCAACUCCGGUACCCACUGAGGCAACCAUUCAGGCUCAUGUGCUUGAAGCUCUCGACACCAGCCUUCUCGACAGGAUUGUGCAGCUCAUUGAAAAGUGGCCGCGGUUCUAUGGCGAGCUCACCAAGCAGCAGGUCCAGGAGCUCAUCCCGCGCGGUCUUGGCAUAGCCAUUUCAGAAAAUGGUGACACCCUGUGCUGUGUCUUCUGCGCGGGCAAAUCGGGCCAGGCUGCUGAGACGGCUUCCUCCUCGGAUUCUCGUAACCAGAGGCCCAACGAGCCUGCCUCCCCACCGCCAUACGUCGCACCGCGACCGGCCAUCCUUGAUGCACCGCAUCGUCAUGAAGCUCCUCCUCAAGAGCCAGAAGACACUCCUCCCACAAUGGAGAAACUUUGUGGCGAGAAGGACUUGUGUGACUGGGUGGUGGCUGUGGCGGAUCUCCAGUCGUUGACGGCUCCAGAGGUCGUGGGUGUUCUUCAGCCCCAGGAGUUCACAGCGAUCUGGAACGCCCGACUUCAGGUGCUGACCAAGCUGCCAACCGUGCUUGCUGGCCUCAGCAGGGUCUACCAGAAACCUGAAGCUGAUCGCAAGGACCUCAGCUGGCGCUCUGUAAUUUCGGGCCGGCUCGUUGUCCACCCCUCCGGCCACCUGACGAUGGCCACGAAGGACCGCACCGGCCAAGAGCACAUCCACCCCAAGCUCACGACCUGGCUCGGGGGCCUUCAGGCUACCAUCAAAAAUGGGGGCAAACGUGUGGCUACCCACCGCAUAUUUGCGACGACCCUGCAGACCAUCUACGAAGCAGCCACCAAGAAGGAACACCAGCCUUCCCAUGUCAAUAUCAUCCAGGCCACGCGCGACAGCCACCCCACCAUCAAGAUCACGCACGGCCAAGUCCUGGACAGCAAGCUGAACGUCAUCCGCAAUGUCACCGGCCAACAACUUCGUGGUCGCCGCGAACGGCAAGCUGAACAUAGGGAGAACAAGGAGUCCAGAAGGUCGGAUCCUUAUGGCUCCCAUGAGCCCUCAUCCGGACAACACUCCCGAUCUGCCGGCUCCCAGGACUGGCAGGACUGGAAUGACUGGGACGAGAACUCCUAUGCUGCCAAGAACUCUGCCUACCACGGCUACUACCGCUGA